CCUGCGCGCCGCGGCUCCGCCCCCUGCUGGCGUCACCGCAGCUGCUAGCUCGUCGGUUAGCGUGCUAACAGCGUUCGGUAGUGACGAGACAGCGACGGGAUGAGACAGCAAAGCUGCGAACGAAGCCAUUCCAGCAUCCUCACGCAGGCCAGAGAGCAGAAAGCGGCGUAGGACGGAUUUAAGCCCCGAUUUAAGUCCGUAUUCAGUCACAUCAGGAGUUCGGAAGAGCGUCUGCAGCGCUGAGGUGAUGUCGACCGUCUGUUAUUGUUCAUUUAUCAGCCGUCACUGACACUUACGCGCUUUUCUGUCGGGACACACGCUGCUGGUGGACUGAGCUAGCUGUCCGUUAACCAGUAGCCGCGUUUGAUGUGCUAACCAGGAGCUAGCCUGCAUUAUUUAGCAUAAACACUCGUUGAGCGUCUGUUGGAGGAGCUGUCAGACUCUUUAAAUGGGGACUAUACGCGGUUUCCUAACGACGUCACUGCACGGACUGUAGUGUGUCCAUCAGAUUCAGUACACCGUUUACCGUAGAAUUUCUCAGAUGCAUCACUCAGACUCCCCCGGCGAGUCGCCCGGCAGCAGGAGGAUGUCCCACCCGUCAGUGUUCGGCUCCGAUGACCAGCAGACGUCCCCUCAUCCCCCGCCGCACAGCCUCAGCCUGAGCCUCCAGCCCGCCGGGGCGCAGCUCAAGAAGAAGAGCGGCUUCCAGAUCACCAGCGUCCUGCCCGCGCAGGUGUCCUCCGCCAGCGCCAGCAACAGCAUCGCCGAAGAUACGGAGAGCUACGACGACAUGGACGAGUCGCACACCGAGGACCUGUCCUCGUCAGACAUCCUGGACGUCUCGGUUUCCCGGGCCACGGACACCGGCGUCCCUGAGAGGAGCUCGUCGGAGGAGACGCUGAAUAGUUUGCUGGGGGGCGAGACGCCCGGAGUCACGUCGCCCAACGAGCCGGUGAUGCAGCAGGGGUACCUGGUCAACGGCGUCCACCAUCAUCACAAGACUGGACGACCCGCGGCUCCUUCAGCAAUCCCCGCCUCGAGCGGGCGCUCCGUCCAAGCUGCGGAGGCAGGCGGAUCAGCGGCACUGAGCCACAGCGCUGCACCGGUACCGGACGCCGCCAGAGCUCCGGUCCCCACCGUGAUGCCGGUUGCACCCGCAAAUCCUCCGACCGCGAGCGCGGCGACCGCCGCCUCUCGCUUCAGGGUGGUGAAGCUCGAUUCCAACACGGAGCCGUUUCGGAAGGGUCGCUGGACUUGUACGGAGUAUUACGAAAAAGACGCCCCGGCUGGAGACGUCGCGGCCGUCGCUCACAGAGCGGUGGAGAGCGUCAUUCAGUCCGAACACGAGACCACGAGCGGCAGCUCCUCCGGAAGCACUCUGAGCGGCGGAGGAGAUGUUCAGCAGGUUUGCCCCGGUCUGCACGCUCAAGACCCAGGCGCUCACCUGCUUCCUCAACCCUCCGUUCUGUUGGGUGUUGAGAGUUCAUCUGCCUCGGUUCGACCCUACAGUGUAGAGGCCCAGAGCAGCUACCCUGCUAACACCAAACCUCCGGUGUCCGUCAGCCAGAGCGCGCUUCCUCCGGUGGAAUACACCCCGAGGCCGGCAAGCGUCCAGCCCGCAGCUCAACCUCUUCAGAUUCCUCCAGCUCAGAGUGCAGUGUCACCCAGAGCUGUGCCAGGGCUUCCUCCGGUGGCCGUGUCUCCGAGGCCUCAGGUUCCCGGCCCACAGAUGAGCAUCAGCCCGGACCAAACUGGAGCCCAGCUGUUUUCAUCUGCCGCUCUGAGCCACCUUCAGCCGCUGCUGCUGAGAGCCCCGCUCCUCCCGGCGGGCCCCGCGUAUGUGACGGCCUCGCAGCUGGAAGAUGCGCAGCGACUCCUGCUGCAGCACCACCCGCUGCUCUCACUGCCACGGCUGGCUGCAGGAGGCAUGGCAGGCCUCGCAGGGCCGGCUGCGUCUGAUGCUGCGGCGGCUCUCGGGCAGGACGGCGCUGCCGGUGCUUUUGCGGUCUCAACUGCAGAUGAAGACAGUUCCUCCGGAGCCAGUGUUGUGGCCAUAGACAACAAGAUCGAGCAAGCCAUGGUGAGUCUGAUCUGCUCUUGGUGUUGAUCAUUAUUCUGCUAUUCAGCACACAAAGACUAAUGCCAGGAAAGCCAAUAAACCGGUAUAAUGUCAUUAAUAACGCAGUCAUGGAUAUACAGCUGCUCGCUGUGUGAAAUAACUGGGUUAUUAUCUCUGAGAGAGCCGCAGUGAUUGGGAAUGUGAUUUAUUUGAAUGUGUUUGUGAUGAGUGUGGAUCCGGCUGUAUUUGGAGCCUGUGCUUGUUGCUAGGCAAACUCUGCCACACGGAUGCCCUGAAUAACCCCGCAGCUCCACCCUCUGAUGAAGAACAUUCUGUUCCUCUGCGACCAGCAGCCUGAAGAUCACACACACACUGAUCCAGCCGUCUGUGAAGCUGCAGAUGACUGUAGAAGCCCCUACUGCUCUCACGCUGGAGUUAUUAAACCGGGAGGAAGGAAUAUAGAUGUUUCUAUCCGUGUUCUGCUCUAAAGUAUUGAAUCAGAAACUGGUUGUUUGAGUGCGAGUGGAAAAAAUCCUUGUUCAAUCACCACAACUGAAAACACGAGAUGCUGACAUACGCAAGUUAAUAUAAACUAUAUAAACACAUAGUAAGAAACUAAAUGACAUAAACACAACAGAAUUAUGCAAACUAAACGGAAAAUAUAAAAACUGUAAUAGUAUAUCAGUGAUACUAGGGUGUGUUCACACUUGUCAUGUUUGGUUCGAUUAAACCGAACUCUGGCGCGGUUCGGAUGAAAUGUGAACGCAAAACGGACCAAAUACUUCUAAACGAACCAAAAACAGGAA